CUUCCUGAUUGGCGUUCCGCAGAUAUCCAGUUAUUAUUUAUUGUCUCCCGAAGGAUAGACCCCACCAUUUAUACUGAAGCAGCUCUCACUUCACUCUGCACCUGAGCACGCAACUGAUCACCUUGUCUACACACAACAGGUGUUGCUGGAGAAAAUGAGAAGAGGUUUUUUACUGUUAUGUCUGCUCCUCGUCAAACUUCGAUGCGGUCAGUCCAGCUGCGAGGAGCCCGAGUCGCGCAAACUAACUUCACUUCAGCAGAUUCUGGGUUUGACUAACCCCCGAGCAAACCUCAUAAAGAGGUAUAGCGAUUUGGAUUAUGACAGUUUUGUGGGUCUGAUGGGAAGAAGAGACGCUGCAGCAGGGGAAGAAGAAGUGCAGUACCCCCAAAAAAGGGAAAUGCAUGACAUCUUUGUUGGAUUAAUGGGGAGGAGAAAUUCUGAGCCUGAUCUAGACAAUGGUCCUUGGAGGAGAGCAUUACCUGAAAGAAGAGGGGUCUUUCUGAAUAAGUGUAGGCUGAGGUUUCUCCAGGGGCUGUGACAAGAUAGAAAGCAGCAGCAUCGACAGAGUGAAGAAGAUGCUCGACAAGAACAUGAAUCGCGAUAGAAACCUGCCGAUUGGCAAAUGAAAAUAACUUCUCCAUACUUGAUUCAAAGUUCCAAAUAAAAUAACUUUUAUACAGAAUUUAUUCUUUUACUACAAUGAUAAUGAAUAUUCAAGUAUGUUUGCCCUUACAAAUAACUCAACAAAAAUAUUUAAUGAAAUGAUUUAUUCUUUUGGGGCUUAGGUGUUUUCUGAGUAAAAUACAUUGUGUCUAGUGAAAGAAAAUAUUUAAACAGUUACUGUAUGUUCCCUUAUGACUGUGGAUUUGGAAGCAAAUUAAAAAGAAACACAAUAUUCAAAACAUUGUUUUUGUGACCUCACACAUGGCACAUCUAUUUAAGGAAAGAUUAUGUGAGGGGUUUUGGCAACCCCAUCAUGUGAUGCGCAUGCCAUGAAAUAAGACAUUUA